AUGAGACCGAUCUUAGACCUCGAAAUUGAAGCUUCAUCGGAACAUGAUCAUUCAGACAGUACCAAUAGCCAAGUUGCCUCAAACUUGUCUCCCGUUGGAGACGAUUACAAACCCAUCUCUUUGAAUCUUAGCCUAUGUUUCAACAACAACAACAACAACAACAACAAUUUGGAUCUUGAAUCAUCGUCUUUGACGCUGCCACUUUCAAGCACGAGCGAGAGUAGUAACCCGGAUCAGCAGCAACAACAACCUUCUGUAUCGAAGAGAGUCUUCUCUUGUAACUACUGCCAAAGGAAGUUUUAUAGCUCUCAAGCACUUGGUGGUCACCAAAACGCUCACAAACGAGAGAGAACACUCGCGAAACGUGCAAUGCGUAUGGGUCUCGCUGGGGUUUUCCCUAGCAGAGGAUCCAGUAGUAGUAGCUACGCGGCUGCUGCAACAGCAGCCGCUCUUUCGUGUCUACCGCUGCACGGAAGUGGAAAUGGUAACAUGACAUCAUUCAGGACUCUAGGAAUCCGGGCGCAUGCGUCGUCCCACGACUUCGGCAUUGCAAGGCCGACACCAGAAACUAUUAUAAGGAACAUUGCCAGGUUUAACCAGGGGUAUUUCAGUAAUUGUGUACCUUUUUAUGUGGAGGAAGAGGAGGCCGAGCUGCUCUGGCCGGGAAGUUUCAGGCAAGCGGCGGAUGCGGUUGCCGCUGGAGCGGGUGACGAUGACUUAGGUGAAAGUAAAGUGGAUUUCUUGGAGGUCAGACAAGUGGUGGAUAUGGAGAAUUCUCUUCCAGAUCUAACCUUGAAGCUUUAA